CCCGGAGUCGCCAGCAGCCGGCGUGGUCCAAAGACGCGAGGAUGGCGUCUCGCGGCGGCAGACCGGAGCAUUGCGGCCCCGCCGAGCUGUUUUACGACGAGAAUGAAGCCCGGAAAUACGUUCGCAACUCGCGGAUGAUUGAUGUCCAGACCAAGAUGGCUGGGCGGGCCUUGGAGCUCCUUUAUCUGCCUGAGGGUCAGCCCUGUUUUCUGUUGGACAUUGGCUGCGGCUCUGGGCUGAGUGGCGAUCACCUGUCAGAUGAGGGGCACUACUGGGUGGGCAUCGACAUCAGCCCUGCCAUGCUCGAUGCGGCCUUGGACCGAGAGACGCAGGGAGACCUGUUUCUGGGGGACAUGGGCCAGGGCAUCCCCUUCAAGCCAGGCUCCUUUGACGGCUGCAUCAGCAUCUCUGCCGUACAGUGGCUGUGCAGUUCUAACAAGAAGUCUGACAUCCCGGCCAAGCGCCUCUUGUGCUUCUUUUCUUCUCUCUACUCCGUGCUUGUGCGUGGAGCCCGAGCUGUCCUGCAGCUGUACCCCGAGAACUCAGAGCAGCUGGAGCUGAUCACGACGCAGGCCACGAGGGCCGGCUUCACUGGCGGUGUGGUGGUGGACUAUCCCAACAGUACUAAAGCCAAGAAGUUCUACCUCUGUCUGUUUUCUGGGCCCGUGACGGUUCUGCCAAAGGGCCUGAGUGAAAAUCCGGAUGAAGACGAAGCCAGUGAGUCCCGGUUCACCAACACGAGGGUCCCCUUCAGGCUCGAGAGGCGGUCACUGGUGAGGAAGAGCCGAGCGUGGGUGCUGGAGAAGAAGGAGCGGCACAGGCGGCAGGGCAAGGAGGUCAGACCUGACACGCGGUACACCGGCCGCAAGCGCAAGCCCCGCUUCUGAGCAGCCGCUGCGAGCAGGGGGACAGCUCUGGGGAGCCGCAGCCCCGGGCUGGACCACGUGGCCCCGGCAGGUUCCCUGUAUCGAAGCACGGACUUCACUAGUUGACAAAGUAGUUAUUUUAGAAAACUUCCAAAGUUGUAUUUUUCUUUACCAAAAAAAGUUCCGAGCAUAUUUUGUUCUAAAAGCAAUAAAAAAACCACUUCCUGUGCA